AUGAGUUUGAAUUGUCUGACUUGCCAAUCUUUGACGAGGACGGACUCGGAACGAGAGUAUGAGAAAAUUCCAAAGAUGGUGAAGAAAAAUUCUCGACGUGUGAAUAACGGUGCAGCCAUUACUUUCAAUUCAGAUGGUGUCGAGCCCAAGUUGAUAAGGAGCUCUGGGAUGAGAAGAGAUUGGAGUUUUGAGAAUUUGAGAGCAGCCGGUAAGAAUUACCUAUUCGAAUUGUGA